AGAGUUAACAGCUGCACCUGUUGAGCUAUACCUACAGUCACCGGCACCUGUACCGGCAGCCAAUCAGGGCCAGCGCUGCUUGGAACCUACCUGUCAGCAAAAUCUCGACACCCAAACCUCAACAUAAAUCAAACACUUCCCUGGGCAGGGAAUGUCUGUGUCAGGCAGGAAUUAGAGACAAGCGGUCAGCAGAGCCUCAGUGCGGAUCGUCGGAGCCUGGGAGCAGGAAGAUGUCGAAUGAACUUGAUUUCAGGUCUGUGCGGCUGCUAAAGAAUGACCCAGUUACCUUCCAGAAGUUCCCUUACACUAGUGAGGAUGAGGCCUGGAAGACAUACCUAGAAAACCCUUUGACAGCCGCCACGAAGGCCAUGAUGAGAGUCAAUGGGGACGAUGACAGCGUUGCAGCCUUGAGCUUCCUCUACGAUUACUAUAUGGGCCCCAAGGAGAAGCGGAUACUGUCCUCCAGCACUGGGGGCAGGAACGACCAAGGAAAGAGGCACUACCAUGGCAUGGAGUAUGAGACGGACCUUGCUCCCCUGGAAAGCCCCACCCACCUCAUGAAGUUCCUGACAGAGAACGUGUCUGGAACCCCAGAGUACCCAGAUCUGCUCAAGAAGAACAACCUGAUAAGCUUGGAGGGGCCCGUGCCCGCCCCGGGCAAGGCAGCUCCCCUCCCCCCAGGUCCCAGCAAGCUAGAGGCUGGCUCUGUGGACAGUUACCUGCUACCCACCAGCGAUAUGUAUGACAGCAGCUCCCUCAACUCCUUGUUUGAGAGUAUUCAUGGGGUGCCGCCCACACAACGCUGGCAGCCAGACAGCACCUUCAAAGAUGACCCACAGGAGUCAUUGCUCUUCCCAGAUAUCCUGAAAACAUCCCCGGAACCAUCAUGUCCAGAGGACUAUCCUAGUCUCAAAAGUGACUUUGAAUAUACCCUGGGCUCCCCCAAAGCCAUCCACAUCAAGUCAGGCGAGUCUCCCAUGGCCUAUCUCAACAAGGGCCAGUUCUACCCUGUCACCCUGCGGACUCCAGCAGGUGGCAAAGGCCUUGCCUUGUCCUCCAACAAAGUCAAGAGCGUGGUGAUGGUUGUCUUCGACAAUGACAAGGUCCCAGUAGAGCAGCUGCGAUUCUGGAAGCACUGGCACUCCCGACAGCCCACCGCCAAGCAGCGGGUCAUCGACGUGGCUGACUGCAAAGAAAACUUCAACACAGUGCAGCACAUUGAGGAGGUGGCCUAUAACGCAUUGUCCUUCGUGUGGAAUGUGAAUGAGGAGGCCAAGGUGUUCAUUGGUGUCAACUGCCUAAGCACAGACUUCUCCUCACAGAAGGGGGUGAAGGGUGUCCCCUUGAACCUGCAGAUUGACACCUAUGACUGUGGUUCAGGCACUGAACGCCUAGUACACCGCGCCGUCUGCCAGAUCAAGAUCUUCUGUGACAAGGGAGCUGAGAGGAAGAUGCGGGAUGACGAGAGGAAGCAGUUCCGGAGGAAGGUCAAGUGCCCGGACUCCAACAACAGUGGCAUCAAGGGCUGCCUGCUGUCCUCCGGCUUUAGGGGCAAUGAAACCACCUACCUACGGCCAGAGGCUGACCUGGAGACCCCGCCAGUGCUGUUCAUCCCCAACGUGCACUUCUCCAGCCUGCAGCGCCCUGGAGGGGUAGUCCCCUCAGCAGGACCCAGCAGCUCCAACAGGCUGUCUCUCAAGCGUACCUGCUCACCCUUUACUGAGGAGUUUGAGCCUCUGCUGUCCAAGCAGGCCAAAGAAGAUGACCUUCAGAGAGUCCUGUUGUAUGUGCGGAGGGAGACUGAGGAGGUGUUCGAUGCCCUCAUGUUGAAGACUCCGGACCUGAAGGGGCUGAGGAAUGCGAUCUCUGAGAAGUAUGGCUUCCCUGAGGAGAACAUUUACAAAGUCUACAAGAAAUGCAAACGGGGAAUCUUGGUCAACAUGGACAACAACAUCAUCCAGCAUUACAGCAACCAUGUCGCCUUCCUCCUGGACAUGGGAGAGCUGGACGGCAAGAUCCAGAUCAUCCUUAAGGAGCUGUAGGCUCAAGCAUCCAACCCCUCAGCCCUUGGUGUAGGCUCCCGGCAAGGGGCCGGCAGGGACAAGGCCCACACCACACACAACCUUUCCACGUGCCUCAGUGCUGUUACUUGAACACCUUCCCUGAGGGAAGAGGCCCUUGAAUCACAACCCACAGAUGUCAGGGCCAGGAAGAGCCCUCAGCAGUCUCCUGGUCAUGGCAUGCUUGAAUCUACUCACUGGACUUCUUGCCAGUGGCUCCCCGUCCACCCCAAAACAAUGCCAUUGUGGUGACCACAGCCCAGCAGACUGUUUCCUCCCCCAAAGACCCUCCCCUGCAGGGGCAUUCCUGAAGACUGCCCUUCGGACUGUGGAAAUAGCCCCUCGCUCCUGCAGCGUGCCGCCAGCUGACUGAACUCUGUUCCGGCCCCUGUGCGCCAUCUUCCUUCAACGUCAGACGAAGGACUUUGCACCCUUUGGUCAGUUAACUUGAAAACUUGAUUUUCAGUGCAAAUGACUUUUAAAAGACACGACGGUGGAAACGGUUUCUUUCUCAGAUUCCCUCAGUGCACGAUGUAAAUAACACGGAUGACUGACUGGAACAAGUGACCACUAUGUAUAACUACCGCCUUGCCACUCUUUGUUGUGUACAUUUCUUAUUUACAAUUUUCAUUUGUUUUAUAUAUAUAUAUAUAUAAAAAUAUAUAUUGUAUAUAUAUGCAACAUUUUGUAUUUUUCAUGGAUAUGUUUUAUCAUUUCAAAAAAUGUGUAUUUCACAUUUCUUGGACUAUUUUUUAAGCUGUUCUUCAGUUAUGCAUUUUGUAUACUCAUGUCGUAUUUAGUAAUAAAAGCAACUAUGUAUUACUUCACAU